CGUCAGAGCUUCGAACGCCGGGCGGCCAUCCUCCCAUUCAUUCAUCUAUCCGUCACUUGAUUUCUCUAAGGCUUCGAGCUCCCGGUUCCCAACAAACACCACCACCCACGAGUUAGCACUCAGCCAGCCGCCACCAUGUUUCGAGCGGCUGCGGCCGGGCCUUACGAUGAGGCCAUCAACAAGGCCACGGACGAGAAUCUGACGUCCGAGGACUGGGGCGCCAUCAUGGAAAUCUGUGACCGUGUCUCGAGCGACCCGAACGGGCCGAAGGAGUCGGUAGCCAGCCUGAUCAAGCGCCUGGCGCACCGCAACGCCAAUGUCCAACUGUACACGCUCGAGGUCGCCAACGCCCUCUCCCAGAACUGCGGCAAGAACAUGCACCGCGAGCUGUCGAGCCGCGCAUUCACCGAGGCCCUGCUCAAGCUUGCGAACGACCGCAACACGCACAACCAGGUCAAGGUCAAGAUCCUCGAGCGCAUGAAGGAAUGGUCCGACAUGUUCAAGUCGGACCCGGACCUCGGCAUCAUGUACGAUGCCUUCUAUCGCCUCAAGCAGAGCAAUCCGACCCUCCAGCCGCCCAGCGCGCCGCAGAAGAACAACCUGACGGACCUAGAUCGUCAAAAGGAGGAGGAGGAGUUGCAGAUGGCGCUCAAGCUGAGUUUGCAGGAGGAAGAGCGGAAGAAGGCAGCCGCUCAAUCGGCAGCGGGCACGUCAGGGGCCGGGGCAUCAGCCGGCGCAGGGGCCGCGACCCAGCAGCAGACGGCACCCGCCCAGCCGGUGCCGUCGGGCACCACCGCCGCGACAGUCUCCCGCGUGAGAGCGCUGUACGACUUCGUCCCGUCGGAGCCGGGUGAGCUGGAGUUCAAGAAGGGCGACGUCAUUGCCGUUCUGGAGAGCGUGUAUAAGGAUUGGUGGCGGGGUUCGCUCAAGGGGAAGACGGGCAUCUUCCCGCUCAAUUACGUCGAGAAACUCACGGACCCCACCCCUGAAGAGCUGCAGCGCGAGGCCCAGAUGGAGGCCGAGGUGUUUGCCGAGAUCAAGAACGUCGAGAAGCUGUUGACGUUGCUAAGUGCCAGCAACACGACGCCGAGGGAGGAAGAUAACGAGGAGAUAUCCGUCCGUCUUCUCCCCCAUCAUCAACUCUUCUGCCAUGUUUUGCAACGCUGACUCUCGAAACACAGAAACUUUAUCACCAAACGUUGGCCAUCCGGCCGAAGCUCAUCAAGCUGAUCGAGAAGUACUCGCA